AAUAAUGAUGAUCUUGACCUUGAAAUCAGAAAUCAUGACAAGUAUGGCAAAGGUGUAAUUAAGAAGGCACGAGUGAGCCCUGAUGCUUUCAUACAGAUAGCACUCCAGCUGGCAUACUAUCGUCAUAGUGGAAGAUUUUGUCAGACUUAUGAAGCAUCUGCAACAAGACUUUAUCAAAGUGGACGGACAGAAACUGUAAGAUCAUGCACUGAGGAAGCUGCAACAUUUGUAAGGGCAAUGGUUAGUGGGAGAUUGCCCAAAGAAGAACUGUUGAAGCUUUUAAGACUCGCAGGUAAUAUCCAUCAAAAACUUUACCGCGAUGCAAUGAAUGGCAGAGGAAUUGACCGCCACCUAUUUGCUCUUUAUAUCGUGUCCAAAGGAUUAGGCUAUGAAAGUCCGUUCUUGGAGUCAAUCAUCCGCCGACCUUGGACGCUAUCAACAUCCCAACAGCCUCAACAACAAAUUCAAGCAAAUAUUCCAGACAUCAACUUGGAACCUUUCCGAGCAAUGUGUUCACCUGGUGGAGGAUUUGGCCCAGUGUCAGAUGAGGGCUAUGGAGUUUCCUACAUGCUUCCCACAGAGUAUAACAUUUUCUUUCAUGUAUCUUCCAAAAAAUCAUGCCCUACAACUGAUUCUAGAAAAUUUUCUGACAUACUGUUCAAGAGCAUGGAUGAUAUGCGUCUCUUAUUUGACACUCCACAACUAGAAUAAGUGUAGAUUAUAUAUGGUAACUUGAGACAAAUGUGAUAGAUAUUUGUAUUGUUUCUUGAUUGACAUGAAAGGGGGUGCGAUCAAGCCUUUAGUUGUUGAAAGAUUAAAAAAAAAAAAGUUAGUUAUUUUCUUCAUCAGUCAUUUAUGCUUAGGUUCAGUAAAAAGAACUAAAAUAAAUUAUAACUUAAUUUUCAGUUCAUUCACUAGAUAUGCAAAAUUCUGAGUUUACAUUUAUGUAAAACACCCCUUCAUGAAGAUUUUGAUUACUUUGACAUUAAUGCAUUUAAUUGUAAAACUGAAAAAAUUCAAUCUUCAUUUCAAAACUUGGCAACAUGCACAGUAAACCCUUAUGUGAGGGAUAUGUUCCUAAAAAUUAGCACUUUAUGGAAAUUAGUGAUGUGAAGAGAACAGCAUGAGGAAAAAAUAGGGUUAUGUUCUAUACCCUCCAAAUUUGCCAAACAAACUUUCUUUUAAUACAGUAUUCUACUAGGUAAAAAUUACUCUAAUUUAUCUUACUUUACAUUCUAUUUGUCAAUGCUUGUUGACAGGAGGUGUGAAGGUUUGUAGCCCUACUGGGCUGUGGUGGAUGGCUGUGGUGGAUGGCUGUGGUGGAUGGCUGUGGUUCUUAUGUUGAUGUACAGAGUUGUCAGUAGUUGAUAGCAGUGUUGGGGUGCUCAUGUAUUCUGUAAAGCACCUCUGGUUUGUUUUACCUAGCAGUAUGUACUUUGUUGAGGUGAUAAGUCAAAGAAUGAGAUAUUUGGGUGGCAUUUGGGAAUUCUUAUCAUGGAAACGUUUCGCCAGCCAGUGGCUUCUUCAGUCCAAUACAAAAAGAAGAGUGGUGGAAGAAUAGUUUGAGGUACUCAGUCCCUCAGCCUGGAGAUAGUGUGUUUAAUUUCCACUAUGUUCUGUAUAUAUAGUGCACAGAGGUAAGUGUGGUUGUGUGGUAUGUUCGGUAAACAGGUUUUUGAAUAGCAGGGAUGUGUGUUUUCUGGUGCUUGAAGGAUGCUUACUCUCAGUUGAUUUCUGUUGGGUAACAAUUGGUUUUGUGCAAUUUGCUGACCUGAUGAUCUGUUGGAAUGUGAGCAGGGUAAUAUUUAGUGAAGGGAUUCAGGGAAACCGGUUAUUUUCAUAUAGUCGGACUUGAGUCCUGGAAAUGGGAAGUACAAUGCCUGCACUUUAAAGGAGGGGUUUGGGAUAUUGGCAGUUUGGAGGGAUACGUUGUGUAUCUUUAUACGUAUAUGCUUCUAAACUGUUGUAUUCUGAGCACCUCUGCAAAAACAGUGAUAAUGUGUGAGUGUGAUGAAAGUGUUGAAUGAUGAUGAAAGCAUUUUCUUUUUGGGGAUUUUUUCUUUUUUGGGUCACCCUGCCUUGGUGGGAGAUGGCUGACUUGUUGAAGAAAAAAAAAAAUAUCCCUAAGCACAAAUACCGUAAGUGAAGUAAGGUUAGAUUAGAGAGCAAUACAGAGUGAAUAAUAUUGAUUGGCGAACAAAGUAAUGCAUUUUUGAUAGAAUGCCCACAGUUAUGGAAAUUUUCUUAGAUAUGUGUUUGAUGGAAGUGUUGAAGUUUCAGGUUGCAGUCAAGGUGUAUCCCUUUCAAUGUGAGAAAUAUUUAUCUUUAUGAUGAAAUAGGUAUUUUUAGUUUUAUUCUCAAACAUGCAGAUCUUAUGUUACUCUAUUCAUACUUCCCUGUUAAGGGUAGGGUUAUCCAGAUAGCAUAUGCAUAAUUGUACAGGGAUUAUGAUCUCGAAUUUUCAGGUGGAAUUUAAUUGUAUUUAUGGCUAUACUUAGUAGCACUGUGUGAAGUAAGAAAAUUAUAGUAAAAAUCAAUCUACAGCAGACAAAGCAUCAAUGAAAGCUGUUCGCACCCCUUAAAUUGUAUCUAUAUUUUAAAAUUUUUUUAAUUUAGACUUUUAUAUUGACUUGCAUAGUUUUUUAAUUUUAUACACAAUUUUAAAAUAUUCACCAGGAUUUUUAAUUAUCCUCUUGCAUAGUUAUUAGUAAUUCUUAAUUACUGGUAUAUCAUAUGACAAAUUAUUAUGAAAUGUGAUACAGUAUUUAGUAUAAUGUAUUGAAGACUAAAGUCUCUGCUAAUUAGUGUUAUUUCAACUAACUCGUAGUGUUAAUGAUUACGGUAAACAGUACCAUACUUGGGUAUUAAGUUCUGUACCAUAUUCAUAAUAUAAACUACUCCCUAAUUAUAAAAAGCAUUGUGGAAUAUAUUGUAUGGAUAAAAUUUAAUAUCAAAGAUUCAUUCACAGAUGGGUUCUCUCCCCCCCCCCCCUCCCCAUCAAGGUGUGUAUCCCCAUCAGCCCUCUGACACUUUUUUUUUUCUAUAAUUUCCACAUGCAAGACUGAGUAUUAGCACAUGAUUUUAUGGGUGCAAACUAAUUAUAUAUUACAGUGCAUAAAAGAUAGUUACAUUAUCUAGAUUACAAACAAUUAAUAGUAAUCACAUGUGUGAAUUAUACAGAAUUUCUUUAAACUGUAAUUAAAAAGUAAUUGCCUAACAAAGUGAUUGGUUGCUAAAGCAUGUAUGAAAAAUAUGCAGUAUACUGUAAAAUGAAACACAAUUAGGCUCACCAUGUGUUGAUUUUGUUUACCACUUAACACUGCUUAAACUGCCAGUGUUAUGGUAUAUCAAUGUGAGCUUCAUCUAACCACAGUACAUCACUUACCUGUUUUAAGAAGUUAGGAAAAUCAGGGGACUUUAUUUUUUUCUUGGGCAGGGCAAGUCGACAGUUCUAGAAAGUUGUCACUCCAAAUGCAUGUUCCCAAGAGAGAUUUCUUCAAGUCCGCCUAGCUUCACUUGUCACAGUAGUCUAUGGAAUUUUAUUACACUACUGGAGUCGUUCCAAGGAUGGUGGAUGAGAAA